GCUGGCUGGCUGGUAGGUAAAUCAGUGCUCAGAGCUGCCUCCGCCUCCUGACUGGAGAGCAACUACCCCGGGCGGAGCCACAGUCCUAGAGGCUGAGCGCAGUCGGAGCUGUCCCAUUUACCCGACCCGACGCCGGCGAGAUGUGGCUUCCGCUGGUGCUGUUCCUGACCGUGCUGCUGCUGGCCGUCGUCUGCAAAGUUUACUUGGGACUGUUCUCUGGCAAAUCCCCAAAUCCUUUCUCUGAAGAUGUCAAACGGCCACCAGCGCCCCUGGUAACUGACAAGGAGGCCAGGAAGAAGGUUCUCAAACAAGCUUUUUCAGCCAGCCGAGUGCCGGAGAAGCUGGAUGUGGUGGUAAUUGGCAGUGGCUUUGGGGGUCUGGCUGCAGCUGCAAUUCUAGCUAAAGCUGGCAAGCGAGUCCUGGUGCUGGAGCAACAUACCAAGGCAGGGGGUGCCUGUCAUACCUUUGGAGAGAAUGGCCUUGAAUUUGACACAGGAAUCCAUUACAUUGGGCGUAUGGAGGAGGGCAGCAUUGGCCGUUUUAUCUUGGACCAGAUCACUGAAGGGCAGCUGGACUGGGUUCCCAUGUCUUCUCCUUUUGACAUCAUGGUACUGGAAGGGCCUAAUGGCCGAAAGGAGUACCCCAUGUACAGUGGAGAGAAAGCCUACAUUCAGGGCCUCAAAGAGAAGUUUCCACAGGAGGAAGCUAUCAUUGACAAGUAUAUAAAGCUGGUUAAGGUGGUAUCCAAUGGAGUCGUUCAUGCCAUCCUGUUGAAGUUCCUCCCAUUGCCCGUGAUUCAGCUCCUCGACAGGUGCGGGCUGCUGACUCGUUUCUCUCCAUUCCUUCAUGCAUCCACCCAGAGCCUGGCUGAGGUCCUGCAGCAGCUGGGGGCCUCCUCUGAGCUCCAGGCAGUGCUCAGCUACAUCUUCCCCACUUACGGUGUCACCCCCCGUCACAGUGCCUUUUCCAUGCACGCUCUGCUGGUUAACCACUACCUGAAAGGAGCCUUUUAUCCCCGAGGGGGUUCCAGUGAAAUUGCCUUCCAUACCAUCCCUGUGAUUCAGCGGGCUGGGGGCGCUGUCCUUACAAGGGCCACUGUGCAAAGUGUGUUGCUGGACUCAGCUGGGAAAGCCUGUGGUGUCAGUGUGAAGAAGGGGCAUGAGCUGGUGAACAUCUAUUGCCCCGUCGUGGUCUCCAACGCAGGGCUGUUCAACACCUAUGAGCACCUACUGCCGGGGAAUGCCCGCUGUCUGCCAGGUGUGAAGCAGCAGCUGGGGAUGGUUCGGCCUGGCUUAGGCAUGAUGUCUGUUUUCAUCUGCCUGCGAGGCACCAAGGAGGACCUGCAUCUGCCGUCCACCAACUACUAUGUUUACCAUGACACGGACAUGGACCAGGCGAUGGAGCGCUACGUCUCCAUGCCCAGGGAAAAGGCUGCGGAACACAUCCCUCUUAUGUUCAUCGCUUUCCCAUCAGCCAAGGAUCCGACCUGGGAGGACCGAUUCCCAGGCCGGUCCAGCAUGAUCAUGCUCAUACCCAGCGCCUACGAGUGGUUUGAGGAGUGGCAGGCGGAGCUGAAGGGAAAGCGGGGCAGUGACUAUGAGACCUUCAAAAACUCCUUUGUGGAAGCCUCUAUGUCAGUGGUCAUGAAACUGUUCCCACAGCUGGAGGGGAAGGUGGAGAGUGUGACUGCAGGAUCCCCACUCACCAACCAGUUCUAUCUGGCUGCUCCCCGAGGUGCCUGCUACGGGGCUGACCACGACCUGGGCCGCCUGCACCCCCGUGUGAUGGCCUCCUUGAGGGCCCAGAGCCCCAUCCCCAACCUCUACCUGACAGGCCAGGAUAUCUUCACCUGUGGGCUGGUCGGGGCCCUGCAAGGUGCCCUGCUGUGCAGCAGUGCCAUCCUGAAGCGGAACUUGUACUCAGACCUUAAGGAUCUUGGCUCUAGGAUCCAGGCACAGAAGAAGAAGAAUUAGUUCCAUCAGGGAGGAGUCAGAGGAAUCUGCCCAAUGGCUGGGGCAUCUCCCUUGACUUACCCAUAAUGUCUUUCUGCAUUAGUUCCUUGCACAUAUAAGGCACUCUAAUUUGGUUCUGAUUCCUGAAGAGAGGCCUAGUUUAAAUCACAAUUCCGAAUCUGGGGCAAUGGAAUCAUUGCUUCCAGCUGGGGCAGGUGAGAUCAUUAUGCCUUUUAUAACAUCCUGUCCCUACUAAUAAGAUACUGACUUGGGCCGGGC